CUCAAGUGAGACGGACAACGAACGGGGCAAGUGUGUCUUGCGAACGAGGUACCGUAAGUGGGAAGCAAGAGACGUACGCGCAUGCGUUUUCGUCAGUUCAGUGUGACUGUUCUACUCUCUUUGUUACUCUCGGUGUGUUUUCUGCUGUUACGGAGUCCCAGCUAAGUCCUGUUCUUCACGGGCCGUCUUUUCGUCCAAUCAGCACAGUGUAACGUGACACUUCGCGGUUAGUCAUCACCGUUUCAGCUCUGUCGCAAGAGUUCAUUGCUGCCCAAAAAGCCGACCUCUUUUUAUCAGUAACUCGAGCCUCGUGUCGAAUUUCUGGAUCUGUGCUGCAUCCAUUGUGAUUAUGAGAGUCCAGUACAACUUUUCUAAUUGGGCGGAAAGGUAGUACGGCUGAGUUGUUCUUCCGACAGUUUCCUAAAUGGCGAUCACCGCCGUGGUGUUAUUCCUUUGGCAAUGUAUCAUUCUUCUUCUAGCAUUUUGUUCUUCCUUUCUCUCCGGCCUGCUAGCUAGCAAAUGUGCACACACGAGCAGACUGUAUAAGCGACCGAGAGUGGUCAGCGCGUUCUUGAUUGCCUUCGUGCUAGCAGGCCUUGCUGGAGUGCAACUCUUCGCUCAGACUGGGGUUGCGAAGCUGUGUGCCGGCAUACUUCUGUUUGGUAUAAGCUUGGGAAGCCGAUUUUGCGUUUACGGGAUCACUGGCGGGAUUGCCUCCGGAAAGUCCACCCUUUCCCGUUGCCUAGCAAACGAUUUGGGGUUUACCAUUAUAGAUGCAGACGUGAUCGCACGCGAAAUUUUGCAUCCCGGUCACGCGGCUCAUAGGCAAGUGGUAUCUGUAUUCGGCCAGUCCAUCCUGGUACCUGGAACGACAGAGAUCAAUCGAAGUGCGCUGAGAGAAGCAGCGUUUAAAGAUGAAGAGGCGAGACGAAAAUUAAACCGGAUCACUCACCGAUACAUAAUCUACGAGAUCCUGUGGCAUGUGUUUCUAUAUCGUGUCGUUUACUUGCGCUCUCGUGUGGCUCUAGAUGCUGCCUUGCUUAUGGAAACAAGUCUAGAUUGGUUGUGCGCCCCAGUUUUUGUGCUUGCCACCAGUCCGGAGACGCAGAUUGAACGAUUGACAAGACGGGAUGGACGGAAAUGUAGCAGGCAAGCGCUAGAGGCAAUGACACGCGCACAGCUCCCCCUUACCGAGAAGUGCCAACGAGCCGAUGUUGUCUUCGACAACAACGGUACAAUCCGCGAUCUCCAGGCGCAGGGCAUUGCGUACUUUAGGGGGCGUAUAUAGGCUUCUGCUUUGGAUGGCUUUUGUGAGCGCGUGAUUUUUUAAGAAACAGGGAGUCGCUACGGUUGGUGCCGUUGUUGGUAGGCCGUCGGGGAAUGCUGCCUUUUCGAUAGAGGUAUCGUUCUCUGUUGAUGUUUUUAAUUAUGAGGCUGGUUAAUCCUCUCGGCGACAAUCGGCGGGGAGUGCGGUCACAUACACAGCGAAUGGUUCAGUGAUUUCUUUUUCAUUGUAUGAAGUUCCCCCAUAUCUUCGUUCCUGGAUAUCUGCAAGGGAUUGUAUAAGACGGCAUUCGUUUUUCUUCUGGCUUUCUGGUGAGGGACGACGGCAGAUUCACGUUGGCAGAAAACGGGUAAUUUUCGGCAUGCAUCUGGUCAUGAACUUCCGCAGCACGUUACAGGAAACGGGUUCCCCUUUUCUUUUGAAUGCGGCAACCUGUGCACACACGAACGGUGACUCCGUCAAAACUUCACGCAGCAGCACAGAGCAAGAGAGGAAAGCCAAUAAAGCGAAAUCUAAGACAUGACACGAGGACAGACGGAACGACGACUUCAAAAAUGUAGUGUUGUUUUAACAGUCGCUGGAAUCUGCGCAGCGACAAUUCCUGUCAGGCCGUGGGCUGCUUUUUCCUUGUGACGCCAUGUGGGAGUAGGGACAAGGGACAACGACAAAUGGAAGAGAAGUGGGACAGGGUGAAACGAAUAGUUGUAAGAAGGGGUACGCAGGACAAAGCAGGACGAAUGAAGUGGAGAGCACUCACGAGGGGAUUCGAGAGACAAAUAUGAAAAUUAGAGACAACGACGGAUGGGAACGCGUAGAGUAUGGUAGAGGAUGGAAUAAUGGGAAGAUAAGGAGGAACACGCAGGGUAAAUUCUACGAUGCGCAGAACAAGCAUUCCUCCCGUUAAGCAGGCGAGAAUUUCGGAAGCAAAAGAUGAGACUAGUAUGAGAAAAAGGGGUGCACUGCAGUACCCGCUACCAUCAUUAUUUUUUUAGGAUGUUAGUGCCGGUGCUUUCAUAAGAAACUAGAAGCAGCAGGCUGGAUUAUGUCAGGCAGGGCCGUGACCAUGUACGACAUUGCCCAGAAGAUGUGUUCGAACUGGUCACCUACCUGAGUUUGAAUGUUGGUGCCGGUACAGCGGGGCUCUACAGCUGUUGUAAAUGUAAUUCUGCAUUUGCAUUGAAGCCUUGGCUUGUGGUCAAUUGCGAUUGCCCAUCGCACCCACGGGUGAAGCCGAAGGCGCGUAUGACGGGCGGCCCCAUCUCCGUACGACGGCCUCUUAACUACCAGCCCGUUCACGCCGAUUCGCGAAUUUCACCCGUUGUUAUCUUUUUGCAACAGCACAGUCCACGUGGGAGUUGGCAUUCUUUCUGUUGUAGUUUGCUACAGGUGCGCCCGCAAAACAGUGUUGAGUCGUUGAACGGAGGAACCAAUUCCAGGUUUAGUUGCAAGGUGGUGCUGACGGAUCUUCAGGUUGGUUUUUAUCGUGUAAGCCUGAGGUGUAGAGUGAGUCGCAGUUACUUUUACUACGUUGACAAAAUCCUUGAAUUACACACUUUCACAACACACGUUGCGUUUGCUCUCACUAUUUGAAAAUCUCAUUCUGGGACGCCGUACUUCUUUCGAGGGUCAGUUGCAACCUGGAAUCGCAGUCGCCCGCAAGGACGAUGCCAGAUUCAGCCCCGAGUCAUGGCGCACGCGUGCCAACGGCGCCAUAGAGCAUCGAAUAGUUCGGGUGGCUGCCCUGUUUACCCUAGUGUCACUACUUGACUGCUUAUCAGUGCAGUUUUUGGGUAGGUUUUUGGCUGCGAGUGUCUCACGUUACUUCUCAUUGGAGUCACGGUAGUUGGUGAACGACGCGGGUCGGAGCAGUUGGAUGUGCGUCCUGGGAAAAAGUGUCAUUCUGCAGUUCUUGGACAGUCUCUUGCGAAAUUGGAAAAAUGAUUAUUGGGUGUCCAGUCGAACGUAAACACGAUGAGGGCCGAGUAGGACUAGCUCCGGCCGGCGCUCUGGAGCUUGUCAAGGCCGGCCAUACGGUUCUUAUUGAGAAGGACGCAGGAAAGAAGGCGCAUUUCACCGAUGAAGAUUACGUUCAACAAGGGGCUGAGAUUGUUGCGUCCGCGGAAGAGCUAUAUGGACGCUCGGAAAUGAUAGUUAAGGUGAAGGAGCCACAGCCGGAUGAAUGGAAGCUCGUGAAGUCGGGACAGAUACUUUUUUGCUACUUCCACUUUUGCGCGAGCCAGAGUCUCACGGAAGCAAUGCUGAACAGUGGUGCAAUAUGCAUCAGCUAUGAGACGGUUCAGAAGGAUGGGCGUUUGCCCCUUCUCGAGCCCAUGUCAGAGGUUGCCGGCAGAAUGUCGAUUCAGUGUGGAAUGCACUUCCUGGAAACUCCUCAAGGAGGAGCAGGAGUAAUGCUAUCGGGAUUGCCGGGUGUUCGUCGCGGUCGUGUGCUUAUUCUUGGAGGUGGUGUUGUGGGAGCAAGCGCGGCCUCCGCGGCGGCUGGUGUUGGCGCGGAUGUCGUGAUCCUUGACAAGAAUGUGGACCGCCUUCGAAUGCUUGCGAGCAUCAUGCCUCCAAAUGUGAGUACUCGGUGCGCCGGCGAGGAAGCUCUCCUGGAGGAACUUUCUCUGUGCGACCUUCUAGUUGGCGCAGUAUUGCUGCCGGGUCGCAAAGCGCCCAAGAUCGUACGUCGAGAGCACUUGAAGCGAAUGAAGCCUGGUUCUGUUAUUGUUGACGUCUCCAUUGAUCACGGCGGAUGCGUGGAAACCACACGUGUAACGUGCCACCAUGACCCGAUUUAUGAAGUGGAUGGAAUUAUUCAUUACGGGGUUGCAAAUAUGCCCGCUGCGGUGGCGCACUCUAGCACGCUAGCUCUCACUAACGUCACGCUGCCUUACGUCCUUCAUCUGGCGGAGCGUGGUUGGUUGCACGCGUGCCUGGCGGACACCUCCUUAAUGUUGGGAUUGAAUGUUGCGAAAGGGAAGGUCCUUCAUCCAGGCGUUGCAGAGGCUUUCGGCCUCAACAGCGUUCCGCUGAGUGAAUUCCUCGAGAGAGCUCAGGCGAAUGAAAAUGAAAAACGUGUUGAUGGGCCAAACGAGACACGAAACGCAUAAGGCAACCCAGAAUUCUGGAAUGCACCUACACGGAACUGAUGUUUCUGAAGGGGGCGCCAUGCCAUUUGUCGACUUCGAGUGGAGCCGCAUCAAAUGUUCAGAGAUUAUCUGAAACCUUUCCGAGAGUAAAGUUGGCACGCUGAAUAUUAAAAAUAAUGCAUCUAGCACUGCCUUGAGCUUCGUUCUUCUUCGUUGGUUAAACUCAUAACAUGAUAAGACUUAAACGGUUUCGCAGAGUGUGACAUAUUAGCUACACCGGGUAGGACAAACCGUACCCCGUCAGCUGAUUUCACCCAUUUGCGGCUCCUUUUUGGUUCAACAUCUACGUUAACCUUGUAAUUACGCGCCAGCCGCCGUGUCCUAUUGGAAGGGAAGAUCUCUGUUUUAACGUAGGCGCCACGUUGAUGUCGGUAACAGAGAAUUACUAGUUUACUGCCAGUACUGCCAGCAACGGAGGCUUCCACCACGAAUGUCGUCUAUGCAUACAAGAGAUCAAACCACUGACGGUUUCUUACCGUUCUGUGGAUAAAAAAAA